CUAUUUCAACGACCUACAAGUCGGUAAAGGUCGAUCCUUAGGGUAUACAUAAAACCGUCCCGACUAUCUGGACGGCGAGGUAAAAUUUAAGAUCAGAAAUGCUGCGAACGAUUUUAGUACGAAACCAAAUUUUAAACGAUAGCCUGAAAAAAGCUAUUCGGAGUAAUGUAGCCAGAUGUUUGAGCACAGAGUUGACCAGAAGGAAACAACCGAAUAAAAUUUUAGAGAUAUCAGAAAAGGGAAAAAGCAUAACUUCAACAUGGAAUGUCCAGACGAGGUACUAUUCAAGUCUUCCUUCACAUUCAAAGGUGAAUCUUCCCGCUCUGUCUCCUACUAUGGAGAGUGGUUCCAUUGUCAGCUGGGAAAAGAAGGAGGGUGAUAAACUUAGUGAAGGGGAUCUCCUUUGUGAAAUUGAAACUGACAAGGCCACAAUGGGUUUCGAAACACCUGAAGAAGGAUACUUGGCUAAAAUUCUGAUACCUGCUGGUACUAAAGGUGUGCCGGUGGGUAAAUUACUCUGUAUCAUUGUUGAAAAUGCAGCCGACGUUGCAGCAUUCAAAGAUUUUAAAGAUGACUCCACAGGGGACUCAAAACCAGCACCAUCAAAACCAAAAGCUGCAGCCGCCCCACCGCCUGCAGCGGCCGCUCCCGCAGCACCCGCACCCCCUGCGCCCGCCGCACCCGCUCCUGCCGCGCCCAGACCUGCGGCCGCACCGGCACCCGCCGCGGACCAGCACAGUCGGAUCUACGCCAGCCCUAUGGCUAGGCGACUAGCUGAACUUAAGAAUCUUAGGCUCGGAGGGCAAGGCUCGGGGCUGUACGGGUCUCUAAAGAGUGGCGAUCUCUCAGCCGCGGCGGCCGCGCCUACCCCGCCGCCCGCGCCCGCGCCCGGCGCCACCUACACCGACAUCCCGCUCAGCGGCAUGCGGGAGACCAUCGCCAAGCGCCUCUCCGCCGCCAAGCAGACCAUUCCGCAUUACCAGCUGUGCGCGACCGUCAAUGUGGAGAAGCUGCUAGAAAUGAGGAAAGACGUCAACGCGAGACUAGCUGCCGAGAAAUCUGAUGUUAAGGUAUCUGUAAACGACUUCAUCUUGAAAGCAGUGGCCGCGGCUUGCAAGCGAGUACCAACCGUCAAUUCACACUGGAUGGACACGUUUAUAAGACAAUUCUCUAACGUCGACGUGAGUGUGGCGGUCGCAACCCCGACGGGUCUGAUCACACCGAUCAUAUUUAAUGCGGACUCGCGCGGUAUCAUAGACAUUUCUACUAAUAUGAAAGAACUCGCAGGCAAGGCUAAGGAUGGCCGCCUUCAGCCGCAUGAAUACCAGGGAGGCACAGUUACCGUAUCUAACUUGGGAAUGUUUGGUAUCACAAUGUUCAAUGCAAUCAUAAAUCCCCCACAGUCACUAAUUUUGGCAUGUGGUGGUCUGCAAGAGAUUGUCAUUCCUGAUAAAAAUGAGCCACAAGGCUUCCGACUCGCUAAAUUCAUAACAUUCACCGCAUCAGCGGAUCACAGAGUUAUUGAUGGAGCGGUUGGUGCCCAGUGGAUGAAGGUCCUAAAGGAGAACAUUGAGAAUCCCGCCAACAUCAUACUGUAAAUUUAGUUUCAUUCAAUUAUUUCAUUGUAGUUUGCUGAUUGGACAUUUUAUGUAAUUGAGACAGAUUCCAUUAUUGUCACUGCCGUUUGAAUCACCAUCGUAAAUAGAAUUAUGACUUUGUAAGUAAUUUUGUAUCAUUUUUAAGUGGAAGUUUGGACAUAUUUUAGUACAUUUAGUUGGAUGUUGAUACAUAAUAUUAAAUACUCAGCAAAUUAUAAUGAAAUUAAAAACAAAAUGGCUGCCGUAUCCUUCGAUUUAAUCAUAUUUAUCGAUAUUUUUUAUUUAUUUUAGCAUCAAAUCACUUAGUAUAAGUCUUAAUAUUUUACAAACGAGUAGAAUAUAAAUAUAUGUAUAAGGACAAUAGUGUUUUUUUUUUUAUUAGAUGACGGUAAUAUUUUUGAAGGAUAUGCAGUGAAAAUUAAGGGACUAUUUAUUUAGUAAUAUAAGCUAAAACACAAUGAAAAUAUUUAUACAUAACAUAAUUGAUUAUUAAAAAUAAUGUUGUUUAUAUUGGAAGGUUUUAUUUCAUUUUGUUGCAAUUUAUAUUGUUUUCGAACUAUAAGUAUGAAUACUUGAUCAUUUUGGACUUUUUUGGCGUGAGACAAAAUGUAUCUAGCCUUUUCAAUCAAUGUCUUGUUGAAGGGUUAUGAAUCUAAUGUUAAAGUAAUCCUAACUAUAAUAUUAUGCAUUUUUGUAUAUUUAUUUUGUCUUUUUGGAAUAGAGAUCUAUUUGUAAACACUAUUGCGAUUAUUGUGAAUUAAAUAACAUUUUGUUAAAUCAUUGGCUAUAAAUAUUAUAUCGAUGUAAAUAACCGAUCGAAACGAGUCAUUUGUUACCAUCGUCUUCGUCUAAUGCUAGAUGAUUUUA